GGCCGCGGACUUCCUCCCCCUUGCUCUUCCUCCUCUCCUCCUCCUCCUCCUCCUCCCGCUGCUCCGGCCCCGCGCCCGCCGCCCGGACCCGCCGCGCCAUGCCCCGGGGCUGCUGAAGGGGGACGCCAGGGACGCGGAGCCGCCGGGAUGCAGAGCAUCAAGUGUGUGGUGGUGGGCGACGGGGCGGUGGGCAAGACCUGCCUGCUGAUCUGCUACACCACCAACGCCUUCCCCAAGGAGUACAUCCCUACUGUCUUCGACAACUACAGCGCCCAGAACACGGUGGAUGGCAGGACUAUUAACUUAAACCUGUGGGACACGGCCGGCCAGGAGGAGUACGACCGCCUGCGGACGCUUUCCUACCCCCAGACCAACGUCUUCAUCAUCUGCUUCUCCAUCGCCAGCCCGCCCUCCUACGAGAACGUCAAGCACAAGUGGUACCCCGAGGUGUGUCACCACUGCCCCAGCGUGCCCAUCCUCCUCGUGGGCACCAAGAAGGAUCUGAGAAACAACCCCGAGACCAUGAAGCGGCUGAAGGAGCAGAACCAGGCGCCCAUCACCACCCAGCAGGGCAUCAGCCUCUCCAAGCAGAUCCGCGCUGUCAAGUACCUGGAGUGCUCGGCGCUCAACCAGGAGGGCAUCAAGGAUGUCUUCACCGAGGCGGUGAGGGCCGUGCUCAACCCCGCCCCAGCCAAGCCCAAGAAGCCCUGUGUCCUCUUGUGACGGGGUGGCCAGCAAGAGACGAUCCUGCCCCUGCCCAGCCCCCUCUCCCUCCCGCCCCAAGACGCUGCCUGGUGCCACCAGAACCCACCCCCCCUGCCCAUCCAGGUGCCACCUCGAGCCUCGCUGGCCUCCCCCUUGGGGACAGCAGGAAUGGGGCCACCAGCCCGAAGCCACCAGCUUUAAUAAUACAGACCUUGUUUGCACUAACUGGCUGACUGCCCCGGGAGCAGCGGGACCCCCCCAGCCCUGUGGGACCCCCUCAGCCCUGCGGGUCCCCCCCAGCCCUGUGGGACCCCUCCCAGCCCAGCACUUUUGGGUGACACCUCUCCGGUCCCAGCACAGAGCGACGCUUCCUGAGAAGGGGAUCCCGGGGGUGCCCAACCCACCCCUCCUCCCACCCUCAGCACCCCACGGGGACCUGCCACCCCCAGCACCCCAUGGGGACCCACCAGCCCCAUCCCCUGCACCAGCAGAGGGGCAUGGGGAGGGGGUCCCCAGCCCCUCUGUGCCAGCCCCGGUGCUCGGCCACCUCCGAGCGUCCCGCUGGGUCCCAGCGGCUGCGCCCGGGGGUCUCCCGGUGGGGUCUGGGAUGAGCUCCAGCUCCCCAGGGACACCCAGCCCCGGGGAGCGCGGCGCUGCUGGGGGAGCCUGUCCCGGUGCCGGGGCUCCCGCGGGACCUGCCUGUAACUGCUGCUCCCCCAGCUGCUGCUUCUUAAAUAAAAUGUCCUGCCCAGGCCCU